AAAUUCUCCUCCAUCUCGAUUCAUUCCUUUCUCUCAUUCACCUGGUUUUUAUGAAUAUCCAUGCUCACAUUAAUCUUUGAUCUUGUCGUUCUCCUCAUUCUUGCAUCAAUUCCAUUAGUGUCAUCUCAAAAUGAGCAAAAAAGUGGAGGUCGAACAGUUUUUAUUGAGCUCGCGCACCAUCUAAACAACCGUGGUGCCUCAGGUUUAGGGUCAAAUUUUGAUGGCACAGGGCAAUACUUCCAAUGCCCCUUAUUAACAAUACCACCUGCCCCCUCUCCGCUAUCAACGGCUCUUUCCGACUCGAGCAACAAUAAUAGUAGCCAAAUCAUUCGAGUGAAUAAUCUUCCAUUUGCAAUAUCUUCAAGAGCAUCUUACGAUAAUGUCAUGUGCCAAAGUCAAUUUAUUGAUUUAUCAAUUGCACUAAAUUCGCCUGAGAAACAGAGGAAGAGAAAGUUUGGCGCAAUUUACCUACUAGGUGCUGUUAACCAUGGCCCUAUUACAACAGAUAUCACUAUCGUUUACGAGGAUGGCACACAAACAACAACUAAUUUGAAUUUGCCAGAUUGGCAAGUCCGAUAUAUCUCGAAAAUUCAUCGUAUUGAUACCAUUACUUGCCCGCUGAACAACCGCGUAAAGGGAUCGCUUUUGGUCAUACCCGUCCUGACAGAACCUUCCAAACGCGCUUCUUAUAUGAUAUUACCGUCGAAUGGACCUUUAGGGUCGUUUCAGCCGGCAUUACACAUAUUCGCUAUAACAGGUAUUUCGUCGGAACCACCGUCGUCAAUCACUGUUGCUCCGUCUAAUUUAAUAGAACAGCAUUCGAUUGAGAAUAUAUAUCAUUUACGUCAUCAACAGCAGCAACAGUUACUGCAUUCAUCUUUAUUUGUGAAUGUCAUUUCUUUGAAAAGUACUCGUCGAUGGUACGAUAAGCAGACUGUUUUAGCACCCAAGAUGAAUAAUCAGCAAUUACUGAGUGGCAGCAAAAAAUCAGUUUCUUUUGAUCAAAAUACAUCAGACGAAUUUCCUAUUGUCACAGUAAAAGUACAUAACACAGGAACCAGAUGGAUUAAAGAUGCAAGUGUAUUCGUAAAAGGUCCACUGAUAAGUACACAAUAUCAUGGACAUAUUCGUCGUUUGGCACCGGGUCACUUUAUGGAAGUUGAUGUGGCCUUACGCAGUCUACACAGAAAACGUGUUUCUACAAGCCUGACCGUGACAGUUACAGAUGUUUAUGAGCGCUCGCUAUUAGAUGUGCCACCCGUCACUUUCAAUUUCAUAAAUGUAGGAAUAGAAGAUUACAAAGAAACGGAAGCGUCAUUGCAGGAACACUCCACUCCUACUUGGUUUGAAUUAGCCAAGUUUGGCAUUUUCAUUCAUUGGGGCGUGUAUUCCGUCCCUGCUUGGGCACCUGUAGGUAAAGACUAUGCAGAAUGGUACUGGUGGAAUUACAACCAGAAAAAUAGCCCUACCUAUCACUUCCAUCGAUCCUUUUAUGGACCGGAUAUUGAGUAUGACGAUUUUAUUCCUCUUUGGAACCCUGACCAAUACAACCCAAAAGACUGGCUCGACCUCAUAGAUGCCAGUGGUGCUAAUUACUUUGUAUUCACAACGAAGCAUCAUGACGGUAUUGCUUUGUUUGAUACGAAAGUAACAGAUCGAUCAACUGUAAAAUUGCAUCCUCAUCGUGAUUUCGUGAGAGAGUUGUUGACUGUUGCUGACAGACAUUAUCCUUGGUUGAAAAAAGGUCUAUAUUUCUCGUUGCCAGAAUGGUAUCAUCCUAGUUACCAAGACUAUUCCCUCAAUUGGCAUGGGCCACCAAAAAACCCGUAUACUGAUAAAGAAGUAACUUACCAUGGUGCAGCUGAAGUAUCAGAUUUUGUCAACGAGGUACAAAUUCCUCAAAUCAUGGAACUUAUUCACAAUUUUGAUCCAGAUAUUAUGUGGUGUGAUAUCGGCGGCAUCAAUAAUUCAACUUCUUGGCAGGCCAAGUUUUUUAAUCAGGCACGACAAAAAGGCAAGCAAGUGACAAUAAAUGAUCGUUGUGGCAACAGCGUUUCUGAUUUCGAGACAGCUGAAUACAGUGAAAAGAACUACAUCCCCUUCAGGUUUUGGGAAUCUACACGUGGAAUUGAUCCACAUUCAUUUGGAUUUAAUCACGAGACAAGACCUGAUCAAUAUGCGACAGUAGAAGUUUUACUACAAGAGUUAGUUUCCACAAUAUCGAAGGGCGGUAACUUUCUGCUUAACAUUGGACCAGAGAUGUCAGGUCGUAUUUCACCCGUCGUAAGAGCGAGACUCUUAGAGAUGGGUCAAUGGAUAGACCGCGUGGGAGAGAGUUUGUUCACUACUGUACCCUAUUGGGUCACUAGUGCGGAUUUUUGCGAACCAUCUCAGUCUUUAUACUUUACACAAGCGAAGGAUGGUUCCGCAUUCUAUAUUUUCAAGUUCGAAGCACCGUUAAGCAAACGCGUGGUUAUUCAAACAAAGGUGCCGUUACAUGAAAAUUCACUUAUCACCCUUUUAUCAUCAAAGCGAUUCAGCAAGGAAAUAUUACAAUGGCGUAUUGUUAGCACUGAUAGACUGAUCAUAUACAUACCUGAACAUAUGUUGGAUCGUAAUGAAUUAUUAUGGGUGUUCAAAAUAGAAGCACCUUGAAAAAUUUGGUUCGAAUACGCGAUUAUGCAUUAUCUUUCUGCUUGAAAAUAAAUGAACUUUCCACUCGUGAAUUUAACUCAAAUUGAGGCAAUAGAUAGUUGUAUACGUAUUCAUUGUUUUAAGAAUUG